UUUUUUUUUUUCUCUCUCUUCAUUUCUUUGUUAUAAAGGACUCUUUUUUUUUUUAACGUUACUAUGCAAUCCAUCAAGUGUGUUGUAGUCGGCGAUGGUGCUGUCGGGAAAACGUGUUUAUUGAUUUCUUAUACUACAAAUGCUUUCCCUGGUGAAUAUAUUCCAACUGUAUUUGACAAUUACUCAGCCAACGUGAUGGUGGAUGGAAAACCUAUUAACCUUGGUUUAUGGGAUACUGCUGGUCAAGAAGAUUAUGAUCGUUUGCGACCUUUAUCUUACCCUCAAACGGAUGUAUUCUUGGUAUGCUUCUCAUUAGUUAGUCCUCCUUCUUUUGAAAAUGUUCGAACAAAAUGGUAUCCUGAAAUCAGUCAUCAUGCACCAAAUAUUCCUAUGAUCUUGGUCGGAACAAAGUUGGAUUUACGGGAAGACCCUGAAACUGUUGAACGAUUAAAGCAAAAGAAGAUGAGUCCUAUCUCUUACACACAAGCUUUACAAAUGACAAAGGAUAUUGGUGCUGAAAAAUAUUUGGAAUGUUCGGCUUUGACACAAAAAGGUCUCAAGAACGUGUUUGAUGAAGCUAUCCGUGCUGUUCUCUCUCCUGCCUCGGUACGAUCCAAGAAAAAGAAAGGUUGUUUGAUUUUGUAGAUUCUUUCCUUUCCUCCUUCUCUUUCCUUAUAUACUCUCAAUCACUUAGUUUACUUAUUCAAAUCGCGUUUGAUCACCCUGUCUACUUACUCUCCUUUUUACUUUUUUUUUUUUUCCUUAUCAUAUAUUAGUCACUUCUUAUUAUUGUUCCCUUUAUCUUAUUCCUUUACUUUUUUUUUUUUUU